AUGCCGCCUGUUACGCAUCCCUUCUCUGCCGUCCGAUGGGAGCUGACUGACGGAGAACAACUGGUGGACUCGCCUUCCCAUGGCCGACCAGCCCCUCCAAUCAGCUUCCACCAACGUAACCUCGACGCCUAUGGAGACCUUGGAAAUCGGAUUAUCCAUCAACAUCCCUCCGAUCUUAGAAAAUUUUAUCUGGCCGAUCAUAAUCCCCCACCACUCGGUAUCAAGUCCGUUAACCAAGGCCGACCUACUAUUUCAUUCACAAAUACUGAGACGGAGGAGCUCGCGGCCCCCUUUCGAUUUUCCCUUGUUGGAAAAUUCUCGCAUGGAGCACCCCCUUACAGUCAAAUGCAUCAGCUUAUUGCUAGAUUGGGCAUUCAAGGCGCGUUUACAGUCAGCAUGAUCAACUCCAAACACACUCUUAUCUCCCUUUCAUGCGAGUCAGACUACUCCCGCCUGUGGCUACGGCGCAUUUGGUUUCUUCAAGGCUUCCCAAUGAGAAUUUUCAAAUGGACGCCUACAUUUACUCCGACGCAAGAAUCAUCUGUCGUUCCUAUUUUUGUUUGCUUUCCUAAACUCCCUGCUCAUUUAUUUCAUAAGGAAGCUCUUUUUUCUGUCGCUAGCAUGGUUGGUUCACCUUUACAAAUUGAUGCUUUAACUCUUAACAAGUCUAAACUAUCACAAGCAAGAGUUUGUGUGGAAAUAGACCUGUUAAAACCUAUCAUUGAAGAAUUUGACUUGCAUAUUAAUGAUGUAACCAUAGUACAGAAAGUUGUUUUUGAAUAUCUACCUAAAUAUUGUUUUCUGUGCAAGCAUGUGGGACAUAAGGAUUCUGAUUGUUUUUCGAAAGGUAAUGCCCCAAAACCCCCACCCCGUAAUAAGAUCAACCCUAGGCAUCGACAAUUUGCAGGAAUUGAGACAAAACAAGCCCGUGAUAGAGGUACAAAGAUGACUGUGUCAGUAGGCCAUCCUACUGCCGAUGAAAAUUCGGAAGGAAGCAAAGCACCACUUCCCGCUGAAGAAGCGGAACGUUCAAUAGCUGACGAGCCAGAAAAGGGGGACAAAGAUCAACAGGAGAAUGAUAAUGUUGCGGAACAGAUUCACAGCCAUGAAAAACAGGGGAACUUAAAGAUGGACAACACAGAAUUAUUGGACGAGGAUUGGAAUGCUGAAAGCCAUGAACUUAGUUCCACAAGCGAGCUGAAAGCCAGAGGAAAAGCUAACAAGACCCAAAAAAGUGGUGACAAGGGUUGCACUUCAAAAAAAGCAACAGGAACUAGAAUCCUUUUAAGAGGAGAAUGUAGCAACCAAAAACAAAGAAAUAAGUUCUUUUCUGAGAUGGAUAUCAUUGAGAUUCAAGCUACCCAGGAAACUAGUAAAAGUGAAGCCCAAGACACCAAAGAAAGUAGUGACAUAGAGGAGGCAGUCACACCAAUCUACAACAUAUUUCAAGCCUGGAUGACAGUGACUCACUUCUGGAGCUUGCCACUGAGCUCCAGCCACAAGUUGGUUUUGAUGUUCAGGAAUCCCAGGAGAGCCUUGUGGGAAGAGCUUAAAAGACUGUCCCUCAACAAGGUACCUUGGAUUGUUGGAGGAGAUUUCAACACUAUGCUUCAUACCCAUGAAAAUCAAGGAGGCACUAUCAGUAGCUUGGGCUCUAUUGAGGACUUUAAUGAUAUGGUCAUGGAUAGUGGAUUAACUGAUGCAGGAUUUGAAGGGGAGCCCUUCACGUGGACUAACAAAAGGGUUUGGAGGCGCUUAGAUGGAGUCUUAUAUUCUCAAGAAUGGGCUGAUUUAUUAAAUUCCACCAGAGUUUCACAUCUCCCCAGAAGAUUGUCAGAUCACCACCCUCUGUUAAUUACUGCCACUAGAACAGAGGACAAAGUUUCCUCCUCUUUCAGAUUUCAGCAUAUGUGGAUUAUGCACCACAACUUCCAAGACAUGGUCAAACAAUCCUGGGGUGCCCCAAUCCAAGGAUAUGGUAUGUAUAGGCUGCAACAAAAGCUAUAUAGGCUGAAGGAUCACCUAAAGCAGUGGAACAAGGAUACUUUUGGCAAUAUCUUCUCUCUGGUGGACCAAGCCAAGGCUGCUGCUAAUGAAGCAGAGAAACAGUUUGAUAGGCUGCCUUCCGAAGCCAAUUUGACCAACUUAAACAAACAAAAUGCUGCUCUUGUCCAUACUCUAAAACUUGAGUCUGAGUUUUGA